UGUGUUUAGCCAUUUAUGCCAUGGUCAUUAUCUACAGUCUGGGGGUUGCCACAGGUGAUGUUUUCGGUGGAUUUGGUGCAUCGGGAUGGUUCCAUUGGACUCACGAGGAACAGUGGGCUGUAUUGUAUGGUCAAAAUUUCAUGCUUAUUGUUUUUGUUUGGUAUUUGGCAUGGAUCUCUCUGUCAUUUUUGCAUCGUACAUCGUCGUUGCGCGAAUUUUGGCCAACGAAAAACAAAAUUUGGAUUGGAGCUUUCUUUUCAAGCAUUGCCUUGCAAUUCGUGUUCUGUGCAGUGUCACUGUACGACGGACCUUUUCCAUUAUCAAGGAUCCCGUGGUAUGUCUACUUUCUCGGCUUGAUCUGGCCAGUGAUCGUGGUGCCUGUCCAAGAAUUGGUCAAGUUGCAUGAUGAGAAAGAAUUCACACGGUUCCAGAAGCGAUCGAAACUGGAGUUUAGUACAAAGCUCGGCAUGCACUCUCCGCUGUAGUUUAAAAAUCGACUACUAAAGCUCCUGUUGAUUAAGAAAUUGACUUAUAACAAUUUGUAAAAAAAAAAAUACAUUUAUAAAAACUUUCC